CAAACAAAAAUAUGGCUGUGAAAGAUAAAGCUGUGAAAGGAGGUAAUGUGAAGGUGAGUAAUGGAGUUAAGGAGGUUCAUUACAGAGGUGUAAGGAAGAGGCCAUGGGGUCGUUACGCUGCUGAGAUUCGUGACCCGGGUAAGAAGAGUCGGGUCUGGUUGGGUACUUUUGAUACGGCGGAGGAAGCGGCGAAGGCUUACGAUACCGCCGCUAGAGAGUUUCGUGGACCUAAAGCUAAGACGAAUUUCCCCUUUCCGGCGGAGAUUAAUAUUAAUAGUAAUAAUCAGAGCCCUUGUGGAAGCAGCACCGUCGAGUCAUCUAGCGGAGAAACUGUUGUUCACGCGCCUCAUACGCCACACGCGCCGCUAGAGUUGGAUCUCACGCGCCGUCUUGGCGCCGUUGCUGAAGGUGGUGGACGUGGAGGUGUCGGCUACCCGAUUUUCCAUCAGCAGCCGACGGUGGCGGUACUGCCGAACGGUCAGCCGGUUUUGCUGUUUGAUUCUAUGUGGAGACCGGGAGUUGUUAGCAGGCCGUACCAGGUUGUGCCGGCGACGAUGGAGUUCGCCGGUGUCGGUGCCGGAGUUGUUUCUAGUGUGUCGGAUUCGUCUUCCGUUGUGGAAGAGAAUCGUUAUGGGAAAAAAGGACUUGAUCUUGAUCUUAACCUUGCGCCUCCCAUGGAAGUUUAAUUUGAUGACGACGAUAACCUAAUUUUGUGAAAGAGAGUGACAGAACUAAUGGCUGAUUUUUGUAUAUACGUUUAAAAGAACUGUUCGUUUUUUUUUUGGCAGUUGAAACGUGUUGUUAUGAUGUUUCUACCAAUUGUAACUCUUAAAUCCUUUUGAUUAAUGAGAAAAUCCAUGUUUUCUCCUU